AUGGUGCCUUCGCUGUUCGGCCGUGUAAUGUCUCCUCAGUCUCCCGCGGCUACAACACACUUUCCUCUACGUCAUUCGCCUGCCGUCACUCCGCGCACUAGAAAAAUUUUCAAAGAGCCCCUACUGAAGGCCUCUAUAAAGCAUGGUUUCACGACUGCCGCUGGGGCAAAAUCGACGACGAACGUGCCGUCAUCGAAAACGUCAGCCGUUUUCUCUACGGCGAAUAUUGCGGCUAGGCCAACCGUGUCUAGCAUUCUUUCCUCGUCAGAAACGAUUUUCAGACCACAGUUUGGCAGAGUGAUCUAUCCGAAGGUGAAAUCGAUAUCAACGACCGAACUGCCAGUUGUCACGAUGGACAAACAAUCUACGAUGCUGAAAACUCCUCCUGUUUACAAUUACUCAGACGCCUUUCGUCAGUGUUUUUCUUACUGUGAGUGCCACGAUGACCUGAACGUACUGUGUCAUCUCAUUGGAUGUCUGCCGGCAGAAUCCUGCAAAGGGCCUGUCAUGACUCAUGCCUUCGGCUCUCCAAACUGGAUGAAAAAUCGUGGUCUCUGCGUAUGCAUCAGUGGUGCGUUUGUAUGCGAAAGACCUGAGCAGUACCAACUGAGAGAAGAAGGCAUCUAUCUUUUCGUCGGCUAUGCGCAUAACGAGAUUCAGUGGCUGUCGGAACACGUGCCUAUUGAAUUGCAGUAUCGAAUAGACCUUGAGGACCCUGAGUUCUUCCAUUCGGUAAUCGUUGGGCGACUGCAAACCGAGCUCAAAACCAUGAAUUUAAAUGGCAUGGAUUGCAGGUUUAACAUCUACUUCGCUGUGCCCGGAAAUUUAAUACUACAAAUUGAAACGUUUGCCGUAGAAAUGGCUAACGGAAGUAGUUUAGCAAAGUGGACCUCUGGGAUCGAGGCUAAGGUAAUACAGACAGGAUGUGUGAAAAAGAAACUAUUCUAGUA